AUGGCACCACUAUCUCUCUACAUCAGCUUUUACACCUCUUUAGCAAAGGCAAUAUCCACCCUCAUUUUCGCACGCCUCUAUAACCCCCAAAGUCCUCCGUAUCGCAACCUCAAAGGUCAAAACGCAGUAGUAACAGGCGCAAACAGCGGUAUCGGUCUCUCGAUCGCGACUGCGCUUGCGAAACAAGGGGCCACCGUGUAUCUUGCCUGCCGCAAUGUCGAAAAAGGCCAUGCAGCUGUUGCUUCUAUCGUUUCGCAGCUAGGUCACGAAGCAGCCACAAGAGUAUUUUGCUGGAAGGUAGAUGUCGGAGAUUUGCACAGCGUGCGAGCGUUUUGUGAAAAAUGGGGAGAAGAGGGCAGGAGGAUCGAUAUGCUCGUGCAUAAUGCAGGAAUCCCAGAACCCCCGGUCGGCACAAGGAAGACAGACGAGAAAGGUCGGGACAUUGUUCUAGUUACAAAUUUCCUCGGGAGCUUUUUGAUGACAUGUCUCCUCGAGAAGUAUCUAAGUGAAAAGGGACGAGUGGUAUUAACGAGUAGUACUGGACAUUAUGGUGCAUCGGGGACGGUGAUGCACGCUAGGCCUGCAGGUGUAGCUACGAAGACCGCUGGUGAUGAUGGCAGUGUUGCCCAAGGACUGCUGGGAAAGCUGAAAGCGUACCUUGGUAUGGGUACUGGCACUCUUCAUUCCUAUGCGCUUUCCAAAGCUCACCAAGUCCUCUUUGCCGCAAUCCUUCAGCGCCGUUUUGAUUCUACUCAAGACAACCAACGUACAGUACACGCGUUUACUCCUGGAUUUACAUCCACGCCAAUAUUUGCCAAGUUUGCCUUUGGCUGGAAAACAUGGUUCACCAAUCCUACUUUCGCUCUUCUCAAAGUAACUGAGAAGUAUAUCGCAGUUGGUACGGAUGAAGGUGCAAAGACUGGGUCUUGGCUGGCGAGCUGUGGCGGAGAGCGCGGAGUUGAAGGGGGUGGGUAUUGGGAAUGGAUGAGCAGAAAGACGAGCCUAAUCGAUCUUGUGGAAGGGGAUCUUGGGGAUGAGGAAUGGAGUAAGGCUUGCGGAAGGGUUUGGAGGGAGUGGGAAGACGAUAGUGGGUGCACUUGGGAUGUGGCGCUUUGA